AUGGCGCCGAUAAAGCGCAAGGGGAAUGCCCCCGAAGAAACGGCUGCUCGCCAGCCCCAGAAGCGCGCCAAGGUCGGAGCGGAAGAACGCAAGAAGGACCAGAAGAAGCAAAAGGAUACCGCAUCGGCCGCUCCGAAAGCUUCGGAGCUCUCUGUUUUGCGCGAUGAUGAACCCUCCUUUCCUCGUGGCGGCGCUGGUGUUCUCACGGCAUUGGAGCGCAAGCAAAUUCAAAUCCAGGCGACCAAGGAUGUUCUCUUUGAGCAGAAGGGACCCAAAAAACCCUCUCGGGACCUCGACGACGAAGAGGAAAAUGACGAUGUUGAAAUGGAGGACGCGGAGACGACCACCACGACUAAGAAGCCGCGGAAGAAGAAGUCCAAGGGCAAGAGCUCUACAGAAGAGAAAUCUUCCAAGAAGCAGGGUGUUCGCAUCGAGGGUCUUAGUUUCAAGCGCAUUGUUCCCGGGUCCAUGAUACUCGGCCAGGUGUCUAGCAUCAAUGCCCAUGAUAUCGCCCUUUCCUUGCCAAACAACCUCACCGGCUAUGUCCCGCUGACGGCCGUCUCAAAAGUUCUCGACAAUAAGCUCGAGAAAAUGUUGAACGAGGAAGAAGAUAGCGACGACGAUGAAAAUAGCUCCGAUGAAGAAUCUUUUGAACUGAAGGAUUACUUCUACCUGGGCCAAUACCUGCGGGCAUUCGUGGUGUCUACCGGUAGCAACCCGGCUGACGCAAGCAGCCGAAGCAAAAAGCGGAUUGAGUUGACGGUCGAUCCUCGACAGGCCAACACAGGUCUCUCGAAAUCGGACCUUGUGGUUGAUUCUGCUGUCCAGGCGUCCGUUGUCAGCGUGGAGGAUCACGGUUUGGUCAUGGACCUCGGGAUCGAAGGCUCAGAGCUGAAGGGCUUUAUGUCUUCCAAGGAAAUUGACCCUCUGGUGGAUUAUUCCAGCAUCAAAGAAGGGGCCGUUUUCCUGUGUAUGGUCUCGGGCCAGAAUCCCAGCGGUAAUGUUGUCAAGUUGUCUGCCAACCUUCAAUCAUCGGCUUCGAUCAAGAAAUCACACUACCUCAGCUCGGCGCCUACGAUCAACGCUUUCCUCCCCGGUGCUGCUGCUGAGAUUCUUUUGACCGAAGUGACGUCCCACGGCAUGAUUGGAAAAAUCAUGGGAAUGCUCGAUGCCACAGUGGAUCUAGUCCAAUCCGGAGCGAGUACUGGCAAGGACGAUUUGGAAAGGAAAUUCAAAAUCGGCGCAAAGAUCAAAGCCCGCAUUGUCUCAACUUUCCCAGCGGCCGACACGUUCAAGGUUGGGUUUUCAUUGCUGGGCCACGUGCUUAAGCUCUCUUCCGAUGUCCAUGGCCCGGGGUCGUCUACCGAGGCACCCGCUAUUUCUGCUAUCCUUCCUGAAGCCAAGGUGGUAAAGGUUGAACCCGGUUUGGGCGUGUAUGUGCAGGUUGGGGAUUCUAGCCAUGUUGGCUUCGUCCAUAUUUCGAGACUCUCAGAUGGCAACGUCGAGUCUAUCUCGGAUGAUUCUGGGCCAUUCAAGGUUGGGUCCACACACGAAGCCAGAGUUGUUGGGUACAACAUGCUCGAUAAUCUCUAUCUCCUAUCGCUUGAGAAAUCUGUCAUUGAGCAACCUUUCCUUCGCCUCGAGGACGUCACGGUGGGAGCGAUAGUGAAAGGAAAGAUCGAGAAAAUCUUGAUCGGCCCUCAGGGAGUAGAUGGAUUGAUCGUCAGUCUGGCAGAUGGGAUUACCGGUCUUGUCCCAUCCAUGCACUUUGCGGACACCCAGCUCCAGUUCCCCGAGAAGAAGUUCCGGGAGGGCAUGAAGAUCUCGGCCCGGAUUUUGUCGGUGAAUCUCGAGAAGCGCCAGAUCCGAUUGACUUUGAAAAAGAGCUUUCUAAACAGCGAGUCUGCCACUUGGAAGGAUUACAAGGAAAUUGUGCCUGGAUCGCAGUCACCUGGUACCAUCGUCAACCUCCAAGGACAUGGUGCCGUUGUCCAGUUCUACGGCCCUGUCCGCGGUUUCCUUCCCGUGUCUGAGAUGAGCGAGGCCUAUAUCAAAGAUCCGGCCCAGCAUUUCCGACAAGGCCAGGUUGUCAACGUUCAUGCUUUGAGCGUGGAUGCAUUGCUUGGGAGACUGGCCGUGUCUUGUAAAGACCCAUCUACGUUCACCGAGAAAUACCGCAAGGCUUUUGAAGAUCUCCGCCCCGGUCAGCUUGUUACCGGAACUGUUUUCGAGAAGUCGAACGAUGAUGUGCUAUUGAAACUGGACGAGUCGGGACUCGUGGCACGUCUUGACGCCCAACACACGAUUGAUGGGUCUCCCUCUAAACAGAGCUCAACCCUUUCCAAGAUUCGCGUGGGCCAGAAAUUGAAUGAUCUCCUGAUUCUUGACAUCCAACGCGCCCAUCGCCUCAUCCGGGUUUCCAGCAGGGCCAGUCUCAAGAAGGCUGCGAAGCAAGGAGUCAUUCCUAGCAAGUUCGACGAUCUUCAAGAGGGCUCCACGGUCACAGGUUUCAUUCGCAACAUUACCCCCGAUGGGUUAUUUGUCGAGUUCCUCGGUACUCUCACCGGACUGGUUCCCAAGCGUCUUAUCGAAGAUGCCAAUCUUGAACAACCUCAGUUUGGUAUGGCGAAAGCCCAGACGGUCUCGGUGACUGUCCACUCAGUGGACGCUGAUCUCCAGCGGUUCAUCUUGAGCAUGAAGCCAGCAGAGGCCACGCAUGCGGGCCCCAAGAAAAAGGAAGCGCCAACGCCGACCGACGAUCUCGUUGCGAACCCUGUUGAUGAAAGCAUCAAAUUGAUGUCCGACUUUACCUUUGGCCGGAUCGUCAAGUGCAAGGUCGCUUCUAUUAAGGCUACCCAGGUUAACGUCCAAUUGGCGGACAAUAUCCAGGGUCGCAUCGACGUGUCUGAGAUCUACGACAAGUGGGAAGACCUCAAGGAUCGGAAACAGCCUUUGCGCUUCUUUCGUGCGAAGCAAGAGCUUUCUGCCAGGAUUCUCGGCGUUCAUGAUGCUCGCAGCCACAAGUUCUUACCCAUCAGCCACCGCACUGGUAAAUACCCUGUGUUCGAGCUCACUCUUAAACCGAACUUCCUUAAGGCAGUCAACCCUGAGCCACUUAAUAUGGAACAAGUCAAGGUGGGAUCGUCGUGGAUGGGCUUUGUCAACAACGUCGCCGAUGACUGCCUCUGGAUUAACCUGUCCCCCAAUGUCCGUGGCAGACUGCGCUUUAUGGAUGCCUCGGACGACUUGUCCCUUCUGACCGAUGUGGACAAGAAUUUCCCCAUCGGGUCUGCUUUGAAGGUCCAGGUCACCGCGGUGGACGCUGGCAAGGGUCACCUGGAUCUCUCAGCCAAGCAGGGAUACGACAAGCUCUCGUUUGGGGACGUCUCUACUGGCAUGAUCGUGCCCGGGCGAGUCACCAAGGUCACCGAGAGACAGGUCAUCAUGCAGCUAAGCGAAACGCUCGUCGGCGCAGUCAAUCUGAUUGAUCUGGCCGAUGACUAUUCGAAAGCCAACCCUACCGUUUAUCACAAGAACGAGGUUCUUCGGGCUUGUGUGGUUGCCGUUGACAAGGCUAACAAGAAGAUUUACCUGUCGCUGCGCCCCUCCAAGGUCUUGAGUUCAUCGCUUCCAGUGCAGGACCGUGAAAUCUCUUCGCUCAAGGAGAUCAAGGCCAACGAUGUCAUCCGGGGAUUUGUCAAGCGGGUUGCCGACUCUGGUCUCUUUGUGGCAGUUGGCCACGAUGUCACCGCCUAUGUCCGAGUCUCUGCUCUUUCCGAUUCCUAUCUUAAAGAAUGGAAGGACUCCUUCCAGGUGGACCAGCUCGUCAAGGGCAAGGUCACAAUGGUGGAUCCGGAGCAGGGCAAGUUGCAGAUGAGCUUGAAAGAGUCUAUUCUGGACCCCAAUUACAAGGCCCCGAUCACUCUCAAGGAUCUCAAGACUGGUCAGGUUGUUACUGGCAAAAUCCGCAAGGUGGAGGAUUUUGGGGCUUUCAUUGUUGUCGAUGGAUCUGCGAACAUCAGCGGUCUCUGUCACCGAAGUGAGAUGGCAGAGAAGCGCGUUGAAGAUGCUCGGACCUUGUACGAUGAGGGUGACGUCGUGAAGGCCAAGGUGAUCAAGAUCGACCAACAACAAGGAAAGAUCUCGUUUUCGCUGAAGGCCUCCCACUUCCAAGACGGAGAGGAAGAGGAUGACAGCGAGGAUGAGGAUGAAAUGAGUGUCGAUGGCCUUGGCGGUGUCGAGCUGGGAGAGAACGAUAGCGAAGACGAUGACGAUGAGGACGACGACGACCUGUCUAUGGGCGGCGUUGAUGUGGAAGACGAUAGCGACGAGGACGAUUCGGAGAGUGAUGAGGAUGUGCCCAUGAAAGGCACUCAGCCCACGAAAACGGGGGUCUUGGUGCGACUGGCUUCGACUGGAGUGGUAAUUGACAAUGACGAGGCCUCGAAAAAGAAGAAAAAGAACCGCAAGCCUGAGAUCCAGGUCGACCGGACCGGCGAGCUGGAUGCGAACGGCCCGCAGUCCGUUGCCGAUUACGAGCGUCUUCUCUUGGGUGAGCCGGACACGUCUCUCCUGUGGCUGCAGUACAUGGCCUUCCAGCUGGAACUGGGUGAAGUCGAGAAGGCACGCGCCAUUGCCGAGCGCGCGCUGCGCACCAUCACCAUGGGACAAGACGCCGAGAAAUUGAACAUCUGGGUAGCGUUGCUGAACUUGGAGAACACGUACGGCAACGACGACAGCGUCGAAGAGGUCUUUAAGCGGGCGUGUCAGUACAAUGAACCGCAAGAGAUCUACGAGCGGAUGAUCAGUAUAUACAUACAGUCCGGGAAGAACGAGAAAGCGGAUGACCUCUUCCAAACCGCGCUCAAGAAGAAGAUUUCUUCGCAGUCGCCCAAGUUCUUCCUCAACUACGCCAGCUUCCUCUUCGACGCCAAGGCCGCCCCCGAGCGUGGCCGGGCACUGCUUCCGCGCGCCCUGCAAUCGCUCCCAGCGCACACUCACGUUGAGACGACCUCCAAGUUCGCGCAGCUGGAAUUCCGCUCCGCCAACGGCGAUGUGGAACGUGGUCGUACCGUGUUUGAGGGUCUUCUGUCCUCGUUCCCCAAGCGCAUUGACCUGUGGAACGUGCUACUGGACUUGGAAAUCAAAGCUGGGGAUGCGGAACAGGUCCGCCGUCUGUUCGAGCGAGUACUCGGCUUGCAGAGCAGCAAGAAGGGCAUUAGCGUGGAUGCAAGCAAGAAGGUCAAGCCCAAGCAGGCCCGGUUCCUCUUCAAGAAGUGGCUUACGUUUGAGGAAAAGCUUGCCGCAGAGACCGAGGAUGAGAAGAUGGUGGAAGAGAUCAAAGCGCGGGCUGCGGCCUACGUCAAGUCUCUACAGGAGGAGUGA